AUGAAUAAAUCCAAGAGAUAUAACAAAAUAUUGAACAAAAUUGUCAACAUCAAUGAAGAUUAUUCUGAGGAAACCUUCGAAGAAGAUCAGUAUGAAUUAGACCAAAGUGAAUAUGAGAAUGAAAGUUCUAAAUUUAUUGAAAGUGGAGAGAUAAAAUUAUCUUUGGUUAGUGAAGAGGAAAAUUUCUUGAAAGUGUGUCGUAACAAGAAAAGGAUGAGUAUUUUUUCUAGUUCUGACUCCGAGGAUGAGGAUGAAAGGACGAGCAUUCCAAGCACAUCCCAAAAUGUAAUGAGUGAAAUUGAAAUUGCAGUUGACGGGACGCAGUGGAUAAAACUGAAAGCAAGCGGAUCUGGGGAUAGGACGCCCAUUCGUAUGAUAUUGAAAGAUAUCGCAGGGUCUACUGCCUACGUCAAGAGAAAUAUUAUGUUGGAUUGUGUAACUAGUGUUUUUAAAUUAAUAAUUGACAGACACAUAAUGGAACACAUAAAAGAUUGCACUGAAAUGGAGACAUAUCGAGUUUUGAAAAAAAACUGGAUAAUCACAGUCACUGAGUUACGUAGUUUUCUAGAAAUUCUAUAUGCCGAGGACGCAUAUGAUGCGAGAUUAACUUUUGGUUAG